AUGUGGCCAGGUCUACAGAAAUGCAGCAGCAGCAGCAGCAGCAGCAGCAGCAGCAGCAGCGAAGGCAGCAGCAGCAGCAACAGCAGCAGCAAGAGGAGAGACGGAGAGCAGCAGUCAGAGCAGAAGAAGCAGCAGGAGGUUGAUGGCAGCAUGAGGGGCCCCGCGAAGGGCCCCCUGCAUCUGCAGCAGCAGCAGCAACAACAGCAGAAGCAGCAACAACAACAGCAGCAGCAGCAACAACAGCGGCAACAAUAG